CCCUGCAAGGGCGCGGAACCGAGCUGCCGCCGGCGCCAUGGCGAGCGGCGGCCUCGCGGCGGCGCUGGAGCUCGCCGUCGUCUUCCUCGUCCGUCCCCUCCUCGCCGUGACCUUCGUCUCCACCCUCAUCCUCCUCAGCUGGUACGUGGCGUGGAGGACGGUGCUGGUGCACGUGCCGCUGGUGCAGGAGAUCGCCGGGCUGCGCCCGAAGAAGGCCGCUAAACCCAAGCCCGCCAACCGCGGCCGCUUCGCCAGGUUCUACCAGUCCCAGGCUGAGGCCGCCCAAAGGCAAAGCAAAUCAGAAGGGACAUCUUAAGGGAAAACCUUUAGCACUUUGCAAUAAGUACCUGCUGCAGACUGUAGUAUACCCUAGAUCCAUUUAUGAUGCAAUACUGCAAAUGAUGGAGGAUUUUUAGGAGAGAAUGGAUAUCAGCAUCCGAUGGAAGCUUCCUCCUGCUUGGCAGCUGUCCAUACAUCAAGCUUCCACUGCAAAAGUAACACCACUGCAUCAGCUGUAUAUUGCAUGACCUUGUAAAGUUGAGGACGUUGUACAUAGACUUGUACAAGAAUAAAGAGAACUGCUUGUCCUUUGGAACAUCA